UUAUGUUUUGUUUUUUAGAUGAUAAUGUAAUUUACGAAGUUCGGAAACAAUCAUGAAGGAUCCUGUCGAGAAAUCUGGCGUCCCUGUGAUCCUCUCCGACGAAAUGAAGGACUUAGACUUGAAAUCUGAUUUGGAUCAUCAGCUUAAUGCUUGUGACUCCCUUCGUGAUUUAAGCUCGAGUAACGGAGCCACGAACAAUGGAAAUUCCGACUGCUUGACGGUUUCAAGUGUCACGGAAUCUUUUCGAAGUUCGAAUAGUUCCUUGGCCAAAAGUGAGAAUAGUGACAAUCAUGUUUCAGUUUUAAAAAACCCGAACAGGGCAUCCAGUGCGCAGGUUAAAAAAGUUAGCAUAGCUGACACGCCACCGCCCUCCCUUGUUCUACGGCGGGAGCACGCCGUAUCACCAAAUGGCGGUGACAAACUAAACUCCCACCGCGCCUCUCUUAUUCAAGUUUCUAGCUGUCGACAGGCGCGCAAAGUUCGGUUUUUCAUUAACGGAGACAAGUUUUUCAAAGGUGCCGUGAUAGCCGUGAACAACGAGAAGUUUCGAACCUUUGAUAAGCUUCUUGAACAUUUGACGAGAAUAAUGUGUACACAAGUAACCCUGCCGAAUGGUGUAAGGUCUAUAUACAACCUAGAAGGGAAACUCAUGACUAUUGUGGAUGAAAUCCAGGGUGGAGAGAAUUACGUGUGCUCUAGUGUCUCUAACUUUAAGAAAUUGGACUACGUUGCUCUUGCUGACGAGGACCAUACUUGGAACAGAGUAAAGCGGGAGACUUACUACCUCGGUAUGCGGAAUGGUUCUAUGAGAAGGGAUAUGUAUCGUAUGAGCGGACACUCUAAGAGCUUUGGUCAGACUAAGUCUAGUGAUACUGAGCCUAAGGUUUAUAUCAAACCUCGUAUUAUAACAGUUCUACGGAGUGGUACAAGACCGAGGAAAGCGGUCAGAGUGCUUCUUAAUAACAGAAAUACUAAAUCCUUGGAUAUGGUGCUAGCUGACCUCACCAAUACAGUGAAACUUGAUACAGGGGCGGUCAGGAAGAUGUACACGUUGGAGGGGACCCCUGUCAACUCCUUACUCGACCUCAAGGAUGAGGAGGUCUUCAUUGCCUACGGGGUCGACAAAUGCAACACGGACGACUUUGACCUCGAUCUAAUUGAGUUCCGUAACGUCCAGGCCAUUCUCAAGUCUCAAAAGUUGGAUUUAAAAUACGAGAAAUUUGCACACAUGUCUCCGAAAGCGAGCCGGAGAAAGUUUCUGUUAAGUCGGAUAGCACGCAGUCGGCGCGGUACCUCUAAAUCUCGCACUAACGGACUUAAAAACGGAAACAGUUUUCAUAACAUUGAGGAUUUGAGUGAUAGUUAUCCUAGUGAGGUGACCGACAAGUAUAUUGUGAGACAGAUCAUAGGAGACGGUAACUUUGCAGUUGUACGGCUGUGCUACAGUAAACAAACCAAGAAGGAGUUUGCUGUGAAAAUAAUUGAUAAGGCCAAAUGUCAAGGAAAGGAACAUAUGAUAGAGAGUGAGAUUGCGAUCCUCUCCUCGGUCUCACAUCCUCACGUGAUACAGCUAGAGGAGGUCUUCGACUUCGCGGCAGAGAAAUAUCUCAUUAUGGAAUACGUUCCGGGUGGAGAUUUGUUUGAUGCUAUUGCAGCUGAUAUUAAGUAUUCUGAACCUGUAGCACGAGAUAUGGUAAAAGAUCUGGCCAAUGCACUUCAGUAUUUGCACGAUAGAAUGGUUUGCCAUCGUGACAUCAAACCUGAAAAUCUGCUCGUCAUUGACAAACAAUUUACAAAAUCUCUGAAACUGGCGGAUUUCGGACUGGCCGUGACAGUACGGGAGCCGUUGUUCACUGUAUGCGGUACACCAACAUAUGUCGCACCAGAAAUUCUAGCCGAGACGGGUUACGGCGUAAAGGUUGAUAUUUGGGCCAUAGGAGUUAUUCUUUACAUUCUGCUUUGCGGGUAUCCUCCGUUUUCAUCCAGAUCUAAUAAUCAGGAGGAGUUGUUUGACCAGAUUCUGUCAGGACUAUUCGAAUUCAAUUCUCCAGAUUGGGAUCCUAUCUCAUAUCCUGCUAAGGAACUGAUAUCUUGGAGCCUGGUAGUUGAUCCUCUACAGAGAUAUUCGGCCAAGGAGAUCCUUUCUCAUCCGUGGAUCUUGGCAACUAAACCUACACAACCGGAGAAGUAAACCUUCCAAGAGACAUAAACCUGGUGUAUAAGCUCUGAAAACUAUCCGGAGAAUUAGAUAAAUAUUCCGGAUAAACUGAUCCUGUGUUAUCCAACCAGGAUAACUAAACCUGGAAGCUGAUUCUUAAUUGUUUGAUUCUUUACCCGGAUUACGGAUCCUGUAGUAUCUUACUAGAACCCGGAGAAAUAAUCUGUUCCUAUCUGUAUUAAUAAACCCGGAAAGAUGAUCUUUUAAGGGUCUGCAGGAUAAUUGUACCCGGAGAAGUGAUCCUGUAGUAUCUUACUAGUAUAAUUGAACCCGGAGAAAUGAUCUGUAGUUUCUUUUCUGGAUUAUUGAACCCGGAGUUAUACCCGGAGAACUAACCCUGCAGGAUAAUUGAACCCGGAGAAAUGAUCCUCUACAGAGAUAUUCUGCAAAGAAGAUCCUCUCUCAUCCUUGGAUCUUGACAACUAAACCAACUCAAUCGGAAAAGUAAACCAGGAUAUGUGAACACCCGUGAACUGAUCCUGAAGGAUAGUUAUACUCGAAGAAACAAUUCUAAUCCGAAACUUCAUCCAGGAAUCGAUCCCCAGACCCUGAGCAUACAGACCAGAGAACUGAAAACCUAAAACCUUUCUAACACUUUUAACCUCAUUAGAAAUCUAUUUCGGACGAUUUUUAAAAUCACCAUGAAAUGAAAUUUUCGCCGAGAUAUUCGAACCUAAUAUUCGUAACAUAAUCUUCUCCAGUUGAAACCAGUUACUUAAACCUUAGUUAACCAAGAACAAGAAGUUCUAAACCACUAUAUAUUUAAUUAUUCAAAAUUUUGUAAACUUACAAUCCCAUAAAGGCUUUAAUCUAAUUUAUCCUUUAUUUUAAAAGGAUUAAUUAAUGUUUAUCUCAGAUUAAGUGGAAAUUGCUCUAUAAAGAUAUAUUUUUGCAAAUUAAGAAGUAAAACCUACUAAAAGGCGAAGUUUUUAAAUGGGCCAGAUAUUUAUGGUAUAGCCAACUAAAACAUCCCAAAUCCUUGAGUAUAAGUUUAACUUAAUCUGAAAUUUUACUUCACAAAAUUGACCUAAUUUUAUAAUUGAUACACUGACAUAGAAAAUAUAUAUAUAUUUAGAUAACAUACUUGUAUCAUAGUGAUAUAUAAACUAAACAUGGCCUUAUUUCGAUUUUUUUUGGAUUUUGUAAAUUUUUGUCGCGUCUUGGUUGCAGCAGCAGAGCAUUUAUUUUUAGCCAAUAAAUUUAUUUUGUCAAUUUCUCUAAAUAUUCUUCGUCUUCCUUCAAUAGUUAACGUUACUCGAGAAAAAAAAACUUCAGGAUUUAAUUUAUAAAAAAAAGAUUGUAAGGAACCUCUAAUUACCAGUUAAUAGUACCUAGUCUUCAUUACUGCUUUUAAAAUUAACAUUAAUAUCAUAUUUAUUUAAUAGUAUUUACAUAUCAAAUUGAUUUUUAGGUCAAAUAGCUUUUGGUUGAAAUUUCUGCAUUUCAAAAUAUAUUUGUUUGAUGAAUAAUGAAGACUUAUGUUGUUUAAAGAAAAUUACAUCUAUAGCUGUUAAAUAGUAACUGUUUUAAAAAAGUAAAUUUUCUGUAAUUUGUGUGAUUUUAAUAAUUAAUCAGGGGGGGGGGGGGUCACUUUUUUUGUUAUUCGUUGCCAGGAUCCUAAUUGGGAGUAAAAUGAAAAAUCGGCUGAAUUAACAUUUGUUCAAAUUCUAACAAGCAUAAUUUUCUAAAGGGGAGGUUCAGUUAAUUUUCUCGUGGAAUAUAUUUAUAUUUCAUCCUUUUAAAUCUGUUGAGAGUUAUUGAAUAAACAUUAAACCUUGUGG